AUGGGGCGCCAGGGCGUAUGCGCUACUUUGUACCUGUUGGCACUGCUCUUCAGCGCGGCGGAGCAUGGCACAGAUGGCCAGAAGACUAUUUCUAAAGUCACGGAGAUAUUACCUAAAUAUGGCAGCAUAAAUGGAGCAACACGACUGACUAUCAAAGGAGAAGGCUUUGCUCAAGCAAACCAGUUUAAUUAUGGAGUUGAUAAUGAGUUGUUGGGGAACAGUGUUCAUUUUGUUUCUGCUACCCGCUCAAUACCCUGUGAUGUUGAAAAGGAUGCAAGUCAUUCAACUCACAUAACCUGCUAUACUAGAGCAAUGCCUGAAGAUACUUACACAGUUAAAGUCAGUGUGGAUGGAGUUCCUAUCACAAAUGACAAUAUCUGCAGAGGCCAUAUCAAGAGUUGGGCAUGUAGCUUCCAGACCAAAAAUUUCAGAACUCCAACAAUAAGGAACAUCACACCUUUGACUGGACUACCAGGCUCAAUAAUAACAAUCCAAGGCAGAAUCUUCACAGAUGUCUAUGGAAGUAACACUGCUUUGAGCUCUAAUGGAAAAAAUGUUAGGAUUUUGAGAGUUUAUGUUGGUGGAAUGCCCUGUGAGCUUCUCCUACCUCAAUCAGAUAAUUUGUAUGGUCUAAAACUAGACCAUGAAAAUGGUGACAUGGGCACCAUGAUUUGUAAAAUGACUGGAACCUAUAUUGGUCAUCACAAUGUCAGCUUCAUCUUAGAUAGUGAUUAUGGGAGGAGCUUUCCACAGUUAUCAGCAUAUUUUAUCUCCUCUCUUAAUAAAAUUGCAAUGUUUCAGACAUAUGCAGAGGUCACUAAAAUUUCACCGUCACAAGGGAGCGUUCAAGGUGGCACGUUAUUGACCAUAACUGGACAUUUCUUUGACCAGACUGACUCCCCAGUCCGUGUUAUUAUUGGAGGUCAGAGCUGCGAGGUCCUGAGAGUCACAGAAAAUAGUAUAUAUUGUAGGACACCACCCAAACCUAGUAUCCUUAGAACUAUAUAUCCAGGUGGCAGAGGCCUAAAGCUUGAAGUAUGGAAUAAUAGCCGACCUACUCAUCUUGAAGAAAUAUUAGAGUAUAAUGAAAGCACACAAGGUUACAUGGGGUCCACUUGGGUAGAUACAGCUUCCUAUGUUUGGCCUAUGGAGCAAGACAAGUUUGUUGCCCGAUUCAGUGGAUUUCUAGUAGCCCCAAAUUCUGAUGGCUACAGAUUCUACAUUAAAGGUGAUGACCGUUAUGCUGUUUAUUUCAGCCCGACUGGAAAUCCAGAAGACAAGGUAAAGAUCGCAUAUCAUUCUUCAUAUGCCAAUAGUUAUUUUUCCAGUUCAACACAAAGAUCAGAUGUUUUUCAGCUUCAAAAAGGAAAAGAAUACUACAUUGAAAUAUUACUGCAGGAAUAUGGACAAAGUGCUUUUGUUGAUGUUGGAUUGUACCAAUACAGAAAUUUCUAUACUGAACAACAAACAAGAGAUGCUGUGAAUGAAGAGCAAGUUAUUCAAACUCAGUCUAUAAUUGUGCAAGAAAUACAGGUCAUAACUUUGGAAAACUGGAAAACAACUAACCCAAAUAAUGAAAUUCAGAAGAUCACAGUAUCCAGCCCAUGUGUGAAAUCUAAUACAUGUUCAUUUUACCAGUAUAGCUUAAUCUAUAACAAGGAAAAAACAGUUUUGCUACCUGCUGAUGCUUCAGACACUGCCAUGGAGUCAGCUUUAAAUGCUCUGUUGUCUAUACAACCUGAUGUGGUUCAUGUGGUAAGAAAAGAAGGCAGCCAGAGCUAUGUUUAUAUAGUAACCUUUACAUCAACCAGAGGUGAUUUCGAUCUGAUCACUUAUGAGGUACUUGAAGGGAGUAACAUCACAGUGGAUAUUGUUGAACAAACCAAAGGAAUACCCAGUUUGGAUACGUUCACAUUGACUUGGGAUGGCAUUUCUUCUAAGCCUCUCACCCCGUGGUCAUCAGAAAAUGAGGUUCAAGCAGCAAUAGAAGAAAUGGUUAGUGCCAAAUGUCCAAAAGAAAUUGCCCACCUUGAGGAAGGUUUUGCUGUGAAGUACUUCAAAGAUUAUGAAACUGACUUCCACAUGAAGGAUAUUACUAGAGGUCAGAUGACAUCUGAAACUGUAGCUUACUGUGGUCGUUAUUCCCUGAAAAAUCCAGCUGUUCUCUUUGAUUCAGCAGAUGUUAAGCCAAAUGGAAUGCCUUAUGGAAAUAUCUCAUUAUUUCCUUAUAAUCAGUUUUGUCUUGCCUACAAAGGAUUCCUUGCAAAUUACAUUGGCCUAAAAUUUCAGUACCAAGACAUUGAAAGCAAGGAAACUAAAAGCACUUCUAUGCAGUUUUCAUUUCCCUUUAUUCAAGGGAGCAGCUGGACAUACACUUGCAUAGAUCUCCUGUACCUCAUACAAGGAAAAUACAUUGGAAAAAACUUCUUUCUUCAAAGGAUCAGUUUGCAAAAGGCAUCUGAAGUACAGUCUUUCUAUGUGGAUGUUGUAUACCUUGGACAGAUAGCUACGAUCUCAACUACAGAUGAAGUACCAAAGAGAAGACUUCCAGCAUUGGCCAGUAGAGGAAUAUUUUUAAAGCACUUUCAAGUGAAGCAGACUAAAAUAGUUAAAUCAUCUGUGACCAUCCAGUACACUGUGACAAUGACUUCAUGUAAUUGUAGUUACAGGAUACCUUUACUGGCUGUAGGAUUUGCACAGGUUAUCACUAACAGCACAGAAAAUGAAUCAGUGUACAGAGGGAUGAGCUGGCCUGGAGAAUCACAGAUUCGUAUCCAAAGAAUUCAAGCAGCAUCUCCACCAAUACGUGGCAGCUUUGACAUCCAAGCUUAUGGCCACGUACUUAAAGGUCUGUCUGCCGACAUUUCAGCUGUAGAUUUACAGUAUGCACUCCAAAGUAUUCCAGAAAUGGGCCAAGUUUCAGUGACAAGAGAAGGCAGCUGUGUUGGGUAUUCAUGGAAAAUCAAGUGGAGAAGUACAUGUGGAAAGCAGAAUCUUUUGCAGAUUAAAGAUUUCAACAUCACUGGAGAAGAGGCUAAUAUUACAGUUACAAAAAUAACAGAAGGUGGCUUAUUCAGACAACGCAUACUAGGAGACCUACUUCGUACAGCCAAUCAGCAGCCACAGGUUGAAGUUUAUAUCAAUGGACUUCCAGCUAAAUGUUCUGGUAACUGUGGAUAUAAAUGGGAUCCACUGAACACUCCUGUAAUUUUGGUCACAAGUCCUACUCAAGGAUCAUAUGAAGAAAAAACCAUUCUAACAAUAUCAGGCUCUGGAUUCUCUUCAAAUCCAGCAACAUCAGUUGCUGUUGGUUCAGUAGAUUGUCCUAUUCUUUCUGCUUAUGAAAAUGAGAUCAAGUGUCACAUCCUUAAUGGAAAAGCAGGAAACUUUCCGAUUGCUGUCUCCAUAGCUGAAAUGGGACUGGCACACCAUGCAGGGGGAGAAAUGUUUAACUUCACCUAUAACACUCAGAUAUUGCAUAUCUGGCCAGCUUCAGGGAGCCUUGCAGGAGGCACUCUGCUGACUUUGUCUGGAUUUGGCUUUGCUGAAGAUUCCAAGAUACUAGUAGGAAAUAAAAGCUGUAGUGUGAUUCAGGGAAAUCUGAAUGAGGUGAAAUGCAGAACUCCAAAGGGGGCUGAGGGAACUUUUGAUGUUACUAUUAUGACCAAUGGACUACAUGCAAGUGCUAAUUCUGCUUUUAGUUACAACAUCUCACAGACUCCCACUAUACUGUACUUUAGUCCCAAAACACGAAUGCUGCUGGGAGAAGUAAAUUUAACUAUUAAGGGCUAUAAUUUUGGAAAUGAACACUCACAGAACAUGGUAUAUGUCGGAGGAGCAAAAUGUACUAUUCUUCAUUGGAACUUCACAGAUAUUACAUGUCUUCUACCCAAAUUGUCUCCUGGGAACUAUGACAUUUGUGUAGAGGUUGGAAACUGGGGAUUCGCCUCAUCAAGUGAAGAAUUAAAUGUUUCUAUACAGUACAUUUUGCAAGUGACCAACAUGUUUCCACAGAAAGGCUCAUUAUAUGGUGGUUCUGAAAUCACUUUAAUGGGCUUUGGAUUCAGCACAACACCAGAUGAAAACAAUGUAUUCUUUGGAUCAUUUCCUUGCAGUGUGACAUCCUCUUCAGAGAAUAAUAUAACAUGUAUUCUUCAUUCAACAAGAAAUGAAUUCAGAGUUACCAACCAAGGAGAAGAUUCAGUUUGUGGAGAAGGAUAUGCAUGGUCUCCAUCAGUCUUAAAUAUAUCUGUGGGUGACACAGUAAUAUGGCGGUGGCAAGCUCAGCCUUUCAUCAGAGGAAUAGGCUAUCGUGUCUUCUCUGUUUCUAGUCCUGGAAGUGUGAUUUAUGAUGGCAAAGGCUUCACUAGUGGAAACCAAACAACCACAUCAGGUUCUUUUUCUUACCAAUUUACUUCACCUGGUAUAUAUUAUUAUAGCAGUGGCUUCAUCAAUGAAGCACAGUCUAUAUUUUUGCAAGGAGUAAUUAAUGUUUUGCCAGCUGAAAAUAAAUACAUUCCAUUACAUCUGUUCGUUGGUGGGACUGAGGCAACAUACGCUCAAGGAGUACCUAAUGAAUCAAGCACGAGAAUCUCAGCAGCAGAUUGUAUAGCAGAGGAGCCCUCAUAUAUCAAGAAUAAUACUGGAGUUAAAAAUCCCAAUGGAAUUUUCUUUGAGCUUUCAAGCUGUUACUCACCAUCCAUAAAUAGCAUUAGCCCAUCCUUCGGCACGGUAAAUGAAGUGAUAACAAUAACUGGACAUCACUUUAGCAAGCUUGGAUAUGCUAAUAAGGUUACCAUUGGUGGCUAUCCCUGUGUAAUAGAAGAAAGUUCUGAAAAUGUCAUCAUGUGUCAUAUUGACCCUCAAAACUCGAUGGCUGUUGGGGUUGGGGAACUUGUCACGUUAAUUGUGCACAACCUGGGUACAGCCAUAAACACCUUGACCAAAGAAUUAGAGAGACGGUUUGUUCUUUUGCCCCAUGUUGACACAGUGACUCCAAAUGUUGGAUCUACCAAUGGGAUGACAAGAGUGAUCAUUAAAGGGUCAGGAUUUGCUGCUUCUUCUGCUCAUAUCAAAGCUGUCAUCGGAGGUUUUCCAUGCACCAUUUUGUCAGUAAAUUACACCGUGAUUGAGUGUGAGACAUCCCCUGCUCCUGAACAGUGUAUGGACAUAGAUCUUCAAAUACAUGAUAUCCCUGCCCACUGCCAAGGAAACUGUAACUUUUCUUACUUGGACAACAUCACACCCUUUGUAACAGGAGUCUUUCCAAACACAUUGCAAAAUGUGUCUACAGAGUUUCUGAUAGAAGGACAAGGAUUUGGGGAAUGUCUGGAGGAUGUUCUUGUUUAUAUUGGAGACAGACAGUUCAGAGCAGUAGAUGUUAAUGACACAAGCAUUGCUGUGGUUGUGAAUGCAAUCCCAGCUGGUUAUUAUCCCCUUAGAGUUAUAGUGAUGACUAAAGGCCUGGCUGCUGGAAAUUUUACUGUGCAUAGCCCCCUAGUAGCAUCUUUAUUGCCAACUUCCGGAAGUAUUCAGGGUGGUACUACUUUGAUUAUUACAGGAAAUGGGUUCUCUCCAGGCAACACAACAGUAAUAAUUGGGGAUGAUCUAUGUAAGAUUGUAUCUAUUACCCCCAGCGAGAUACACUGUGACACUCCAGCCAGAUCAGCUGCAACUGUCCACGUGAGGAUCCUCAUGAACUCAUUUGCCUCCCCACCAUUGUCGUUUACAUACUCACUGGAUGAAACUCCACUUCUUGAAGGUGUUGUCCCAGACAGAGGAUCACCUGGCACUGAAAUAGAAAUCACUGGAUCUUCUUUUGGUUUUGAUGUCUCAGAGGUUGUAGUAACAAUUGACGAUGCUCAAUGUAACAUCACAAUGGUCAGUGACAGUGUAUUGCGAUGCAGAGUUGGGGACCAUGCUGGUGGAAUUUUCCCUGUUAUGCUGAGACAUCUCACAAGAGGCUAUGCAGUUUCCAGGAUUGCUUUUGAGUAUUCUCUCACAAUUCGGAAUCUUUUUCCAAGACAAGGGAGCUUUGGUGGUGGGCUAAUGAUGACAGUAAUUGGUUCUGGAUUUAAUCCACAAAGCUCAAUGGUGUCAGUAUGCAACACUGAAUGUGAAGUAGAUAGACUUCACUCUGAUUAUGACACCUUAUUUUGUAAAGUUCCAUUUAAUAAUGGCAGUGGAGUUCAGGAAGACUGUGAAGUGAGAGUUGCUAAUGGGGCGUACUCCUUUCAAUCAAACACAACCUUUACAUAUAUGGCCUCUUUAACUCCAGUCAUCACUGAAAUAGCACCAAGAAGAGGAGGUACAGAAGGAGGUACAAGACUCACAAUCAAAGGAUCAGGAUUCAGUUCAAAUAUGGAGGAUGUCCAUAUUACAAUUGAACAAGCUGUAUGUGAUGUGGAAUCUACCAAUGAGACACACAUUAUCUGUAUUACGAAUGCCCAUUCUCCUUCCCAGUGGGUUAAAGUUUAUGUCAGCAUCGGAAGCAAUGGCAUUGCCAAACUGGAUAAUGCUGAUUUCCUCUAUAUUGAUGUUUGGUCCUCCAAUUUUUCAUGGGGAGGCCAAUCUCCCCCAGAGGAAGGGUCACUUGUUGUAAUUACAAAAGGACAAGUAAUUUUGUUGGAUCAAAGUACCCCUGUUCUUAAAAUGCUGCUUAUUCAAGGAGGAAGUCUAAUAUUUGAUGAGGCAGACAUUGAGCUUCAGGCAGAAAACAUUUUGAUUACAGAUGGAGGCAUUCUCCAGAUUGGAACUGAAGCAUCUCCCUUCCAACACAAAGCAGUUAUUACACUACACGGACACCUACGUUCUCCUGAGCUCCCAGUCUAUGGAGCAAAAACUUUGGCUGUACGAGAGGGGAUACUUGAUCUUCAUGGUCUGCCUAUUCCCGUGACCUGGACUCGGUUGGCUCAGACUGCAGAAGCAGGGGAGAGCACUCUGGUUUUACAGGAAGCUGUAACAUGGAACGUGGGAGAUGAAAUUGUGAUUGCAACUACUGGACACAGACACAGUCAAAGAGAGAAUGAAAAGAAGACAAUUGCAUCCAUUUCUGAGGAUGGCACAUCUGUAAAGCUAACCAAUCCCUUGAAAUAUACACAUUUAGGAAAGACCAUCAGACUUCCUGAUGGAGCAUUGUUUGAAGCAAGAGCAGAAGUUGGUGUUCUUACAAGAAAUAUCCUAGUGAGAGGCUCCAAUAAUGUAGUGUGGAAUGAUAAAAUACCAGCAUGUCCUGAUGGAUUUGAUACAGGGGAAUUUGCCACCCAGACAUGUCUGCAAGGGAAAUUUGGUGAAGAAAUAGGAAGUGACCAGUUUGGAGCCUGUAUUAUGUUUCAUGCUCCUGGACCUAGUGCAGAUCUAAUCACAGGAAGAAUAGAAUAUGUGGAGAUAUUCCAUGCUGGCCAGGCUUUCCGAUUAGGCCGAUAUCCCAUACACUGGCAUCUGCUGGGAGAUUUGAAAUUCAGAUCUUACGUAAGGGGCUGUGCCAUUCACCAGACCUAUAAUAGAGCAGUUACCAUUCACAACACACAUCACCUUCUUGUUGAGAGGAACAUCAUUUAUGACAUCAAAGGAGGAGCAUUUUUCAUAGAAGAUGGGAUUGAACAUGGCAAUAUCCUUCAAUAUAACCUGGCAAUAUUUGUACAGCAAAGCACUAGUCUGCUAAAUGAUGAUGUCACUCCAGCUGCGUUUUGGGUGACCAACCCAAAUAAUACCAUAAGACACAAUGUUGCUGCCGGUGGCACUCACUUUGGCUUCUGGUACCGAAUGAACAACCACCCUGAUGGACCAUCCUAUGACCCAAAUAUUUGCCAAAAGAGAGUUCCCAUAGGAGAAUUCUUCAACAAUACUGUUCAUUCACAAGGUUGGUUUGGAUUGUGGAUUUUUGAAGAGUAUUUCCCCAUGCAAACAGGAUCUUGUACAUCAACUGUUCCUUUGCCUGCAGUGUUUAAUUCAUUGACUACUUGGAAUUGUCAAAAAGGAGCUGAAUGGGUCAAUGGCGGAGCCCUUCAGUUCCAUAACUUUGUGAUAAUCAAUAAUGAUGAUGCUGGGAUAGAAACCAAGAGAAUUCUGGCUACCUAUGUGGGAGGGUGGGGUGAAAUCAAUGGAGCGCUGAUAAAAAAUGCCAAGAUAGUUGGUCACCUUGAUGAACUAGGACUGGGCCCUUCGUACUGUACUUCAAAGGGUCUACUUCUUCCAUUUAAUGAAGGAUUAACCGUAUCUUCUGUACAUUUCAUGAACUUUGACCGUACAAACUGUGUUGCCUUGGGAGUGACAUCCAUUCUCGGAGUUUGCAAUGAUGCAUGUGGAGGCUGGAGUGCCAAAUUUAUGGACAUUCAGUACUUUAAUGCACCAAACAAAGCUGGAUUUCGGUGGGAACAUGAAGUUGUACUAAUUGAUAUCGAUGGUUCACUUACAGAACACAAAGGACACUCAGUUGUUCCACACAGCUCAUUGUUAGACCUUGCACAUUGCAAACAAGAAAUCGAAUGGAGCCUUGGUUUCCCUGGAUCAGUUUGUGACUCCUCUGUCAGCUUUCAUCGCUUAGCAUUCAACAAGCCUUCCCCAGUCUCUCUGUUGGAAAAAGAUGUGGUUCUUUCAGAUUCCUUUGGCACAAGCAUUAUUCCAUUUCAGAAGAAACGACUGACUCAUAUGUCUGGAUGGAUGGCAUUGAUCCCCAAUGCAAAUCAUAUUAACUGGUAUUUUAAAGGUGUAGAACACAUUACUAACGUAUCCUAUGCGUCCACAUUCUAUGGAUUUAAGGAUGAAGACUAUGUCAUAAUAUCUCAUAAUUUCACUCAAAAGGCUGAUAUGUUCAAUAUUAUUGAUAUAAGGAAUGGAUCCUCAAAUCCACUUGACUCGAACACUAGUAGGAAUGGAGACUGGCACCUUGAGAAGAACACUAGCACUUUAUACUACCUAGUGUCAGGAAGAAAUUACCUACCUUCAAACCAAGCUAUUUCAAGGACAUUGGAUCCUGAUGUAAAAGAUGUUAUUGUGAAUUUCCAAGCUUACUGUUGCUUCUUUCAGGAUUGUAUUCCCAUAGAUUCUUCAGCACGAGUUCCUCUUCCUAGAAACCGUCCAGAUAUAUACAACUUAUGGUCUAAUGAUUCUUUUUGGCAGUCAUCACCAGAAAAUAAUUAUAGCAUCCCUCAAGAAGGAGCAAAUGUGGUGAUUCCUGAAGGCAUAUGGAUAGUGGUGGAUAUAGACAUUCCAUCCCUGGAAAGACUUAUUAUUUUGGGAGUCCUAGAACUAGAAGAUAGUAAAAAUAAUGUAAGCACUGGAAAACCCAUUUACAGAAAAGUUGUGUUGAAUGCUACCUACAUAUCAGUGCAGGGUGGUCGAUUAAUUGGGGGCUGGGAAGAUAAUCCGUUUAAAGGAGAAUUACAGAUUAUAUUGAGAGGAAGUCACUCUACUCCAGAAUGGUCUCUUCCAAAUGGACCAAAUCAAGGAUCAAAGGUCUUAGGAAUAUUUGGUGAAUUGGAUCUUCAUGGAAUCCCACGUGCAGUAUAUAAAACGAAGCUCUCAGAAACAGCCCUGGCAGGUUCCAAAGUCAUAUCACUGAUGGAUGCUGUCGAUUGGGAGGUGGGAGAAGAUAUUGUGAUAACAACCACAAGCUAUGAUUCCAGACAGACAGAAACCAGAAGGAUUACCCAAAUCCUGGCUGAUCAAAGAAGUUUUAUCCUAAAUGAUUCUCUUUCCUAUACUCACAUUGCUGAAAGAUAUCAAAUACAAAGCACAGGCCAGAACUACACAUUGGCAGCUGAUGUUGGUAUACUGAGCAGGAAUAUUAAAAUAAUUGGUGAAGAUUAUCCAGGUCUGUUCAAUGAAUCCUUUGGAGCACGAGUGUUGGUCAGCUCAUUCACUGAAAAUGCGGUGACUUACAAAGGAAAUGCAAGAAUCAGUAAUGUUGAAUUUUAUCACAGUGGUCAGGAAGGCUACAGAGACAAUACGGAUCCAAGAUAUUCUCUGGCUUUUCUUAACCUUGGAGAGGUUCAAGAGUAUGGCUCAUCUUAUGUCCAUGGUUGUGCUUUUCACAAUGGUUUUUCUCCAGCAAUUGGUGUGUUUGGUACUGGUGGAUUGGACAUUGAGGAUAACAUAAUUCAUUUAACGGUGGGGGAAGGCUUAAAGAUAUGGGGAAAUGGCAACCGAGUACGAGGGAAUUUGGUUAGUUUUUCAGUUUGGCCAGGAACAUACCAAAACAGAAAAGAACUAACUUCAACACUGUGGCAUGCAGCAAUUGAGAUAAAUAUGGGUACCAAUACAAUAUUACAGGAUAAUGUUGUUGCAGGAUUUGAAAGAAUUGGUUACCAUAUUGAUGGUGAACCAUGUCCAGAUCAAGCUAAUUCUGUAGGGAAAUGGCAUAACAAUGAAGCCCAUGGAGGUUUAUAUGGUGUUUAUAUGAACCAAGAUGGCUUCCCUGGGUGCUCUCAUAUACAGGGGUUUACUGUUUGGAAAUGCUGGGAUUAUGGCAUCUAUUUUCAGACCACAGAGAGUGUGCAAGUCUCUAACGUGACCCUGGUUGACAAUGGAAUGGGAAUUCUUCCCAUUAUAUAUCUGCCAGCUGCAACAUCUCACAAAAUUUCCAACAAAACAGUAAAGAUUAAGAGCUUAUUAGUUGUAGGAAGCAGCCCCCAAUUUAACUGUUCUGAUGUGCUCACCAAUGAUGAUCCCAAUAUUGAGCUUACUGCUGCCCAUCGGAGCACCAGACCCCCUUCAGGAGGGAGAAGUGGAAUCUGCUGGCCUACUUUUGCCUCUGCACACAACAUGGCGCCACGGAAACCCCAUGCCGGGCUAAUGAGUUACAAUGCUAUUAGUGGAUUGUUGGAAGUUUCUGAUUCCACAUUUGUUGGAUUUAAAAAUGUUUGUUCAGAUGAAACUGCUGUGAUGUUCAUGACAAACCCUUUAAAUGAAGAUUUACAACAUCCAAUCCAUGUGAAAAACAUUCAGACAGUUAACACAAUUGAACAGUCAAAAAUAUUUAUACAUAGGCCUGACUUAAGUAAAGUGAAUCCAUCAGAUUGUGUAGACAUGGUCUGUGAUGCCAAAAAGAAAGCUUUUCUUAAAGACAUCGAUGGCUCUUUCCUGGGGAGGCCUGGUUCAGUGAUACCACAAGCUGAAUAUGAAUGGAAUGGAAAUAAUCAGCUUGGAGUGGGAGACUAUAGAAUUCCUAAAGUGAUGCUCACAUAUUUGAAUGGCAGCAAAAUACCUGUUUCAGAGAAAGCACCAUAUAAAGGAAUCAUUAGAGAUUCUACUUGUAAAUAUAUAUCUGAGUGGCAGAGCUACCAAUGCUUCGGGAUGGAAUAUGCCAUGAUGGUUAUUGAAAGCCUGGAUUCUGACACAGAAAUACGAAGACUUUCUCCAGUGGCUAUAUUUGCUGAUGGUUAUGUUGAUCUUAUUAAUGGUCCACAGGAUCAUGGCUGGUGUGCUGGAUACACAUGUCAGAGGAGGUUGUCACUUUUUCACAGCAUUGUUGCCCUAAACAAGUCCUAUGAAAUUUAUUUUACUGGAACCAGUCCUCAGAAUCUUCGACUAAUGUUGCUUAAUGUGGAGCAAAACAAGGCUGUUCGAGUAGCAAUUUUUUAUUCCACACUUCAGCGUCUGGAUGUCUAUGUGAACAAUUCUCUGGUUUGUCCUAAAAAUACAGUAUGGAACCAUCAACAGAAGGACUGUGAAUUUAACAUUCACCUACAGACAGGGGGAUACCUUCCUAGCCUGAAUUCUGCUAUCUCAGGUGAAAACUAUUUUGACAGAACCUACCAGAUGCUUCACCUUUUAGUUAAAGGACCUACUCCUAUCGAAGUCCAUACCACCGCAGUCCUAUUUGUUUCCUUUAAAUUACCAGCAAUGACAGAAGAUCAUUUUUAUAGUUCUCGUAAUCUGGUUAGAAAUCUUGCCUCUUUCCUGAAGAUACCAGUCAACAAAAUUCGCGUGACCAAAAUAAUUAGAGAAAAUGGCCGACGGAAGAAGAGAAUGGCAGUGGUCAACAUUGAACUAGAAAUUGGAGAACCACCCACCCAGAUACUAAGCAAUCACACUGCAGGUCAGAUGCAAUUAUCUGCACUCCAAGAAAUUGCCAAUUGUCUUGGACAGGCCAUAAUCUUAGGAAAAAUCAAUAGUGUCCUUGGAUUUAAUAUCUCUUCGAUGUCUAUUGCUAAUCCUCUCCCCACCCCAAGUGACUCUGGUUGGAUUCAGGUGACUGAACAGCCUGUGGAAAGGUCUACAUUUCCAAUCAAUCACCUAGCCUUCGUGUCUUCCCUUUCUGUGAUUACUCAGCCAGUAGCAGGGCUACCAGGACAUCUAUUUUCCCAGCAGCCUUCAAUUAAGGCAAUGGAUUCCGAUGGUAACUGUGUAUCUGUUGGAAUGACUUCAUUGACCCUCAAGGCCAUUCUCAAAGAUGCCAGCAAUAAUCAAGUCAGUGGUCUUAGUGGAAAUACAACAGUUCCAUUUAGCAGUUGUUGGGCCAACUACACAGACCUGACUCUUAUUAAAACUGGGAAAAAUUAUAAGAUUGAGUUUGUAUUGAAUGAUGUCCGAGUGGAAUCGAGGUCUUUCAGCUUGCCAGUACAGUCCAGCUCCAGCAGCAGUGACAGCAAAUCAUUAAAUAUGGACUCAGCUGCUCAGAAAGUCACUAUUGUAGUUGUAUGUCUAUUAGGGGGAAGACUUCUCUUAGAAAUAUUUAUGACUGCUGUUUUGAUUCUGAAGGAAACUGUAGAUGAAAUUGGUGAAAUAUUACAAUGAAGAGCAUGUUGAAAACCAGAGAUAUGUAAGAAACUACAUAUCA